AUGAAAAUAACUAAACGGAAGCCAAAUCGUGAGUAUGUGUCAACUCUUUUAGGAGUUUUACAUAUACUCACGAACGACACAGUCGAAAAAAGGCAUUUGCAGAGUGAAACAGACUUCAGAUUGAAAAAAUUCUGGAAGAGACCUUUAAACAGUAGCAUGACCAAAUUCUUCAAAAACGGCAUUUUGUGGAGAUGUGAACCGGUAUACCGUAACUAUGCAACCAGCUUCACUGAAAUAUUCGAUAUCGCUAUCUGUGAGUAUUUUUCUGGUUUCACAAAUUUCAUCGAAUACGGUAGUGUUCACACAUACGCUAUCCGGGAAUUGAAAUCUCCCGAAGAAUCGGUCACAUGA